AUGAGUUCAGCAGAUGAAGUCAAUAUAAGUUUAUUGACAAAAGCAUCAGGGUAUGGUGUCUUGAUUGGUGUCGGCGCUUUGUUUGCGGUGGGUAUCAUUGUUGCUACCAAAUUGAUGGGAAAAUAUCUACAUGAAGAUUCACAAUCUACGGAGAACUUCAUGGUUGCUAACAGAAAUGUGGGUAUUGGUUUAACAGGUUCUGUUGUUUUCAGUUCUUGGUAUUGGGCAACUGAAAUCUUAUGGGUUGUCACAAUGGUUUACUCUUACGGGGUUAUGAGUAGUUUUUGGUACUUUGCGGGGCUAUCUGUUCAAAUUUGUCUGAUGGCAUUGUUAGGGAUUCAAGCGAAGAAGAAAAUUCCAAAUGGGCAUACUUGUUUAGAAAUUGUAGAAUUACGUUAUGGUAAAAGUGCACAUAUUCUCUACAUGUUUAUGUGUCUUGUCAACAAUUUACUGUCAUCUUCAUCCAUGAUUUUGGGGUCUGCUGCUGCUAUUUCGAUUAUUUCUGGAAACUUACAUAUUGUCGCUUCAACUAUGUUGAUUCCAUUCGGUGUCAUGUGCUAUACUGUCGUUGGAGGGCUUAAGGCUACAUUUUUAACAGACUACAUGCACUCAUUAAUUGCUUUGAUCAUCCUAGUCUACUUUAAUACUGCGGUUAUUUCCAGUGACAAGAUCGGCGGUAUUAGCGGCUUAUACGACAAGGUAAUACAACACGAAGGUGACAGAUACAUCGAAGGUAACUAUCAGGGUUCAUUCCUAACCGGUAAGUCUCAAGGGGCCAUUUUCUUUGGCAUCAUCCACUGUGUUGGUGAUUUUGGAUUGACAGUUAUGGAUUCCAGUUUUUGGCAGAAAGCCUUCAGUGCAAAUGUCAAGGCUUCAGUGCCCGGAUAUUUAAUUGCCGCAGCUUUGAUCCCUGCAAUUGUAUGGCCAUUAGGUACCAUUAUAGGUCUGUCUAAUAUUGUUUUAGAAGGAGAAUCUUUUUUCCCAACCUAUCCAAGAGCUAUGACAUCGUACGAGAUCAAUAAUGGAUUCGGUUUGCCUUACACUCUAAUGGCUGUGCUCGGAAAAAGUUCUUUGGGUGGACUUUUGUUAGCUAUUUAUCUUGCUGUGACAUCCACUGUUAGUGCUCAAAUGAUUGCCGUUAGUUCAAUCAUCUCAUUUGACAUUUACAGGAAUUAUUUCAAACCCAAUGCUAACAAUUCACAAUUAAUCACAGUAUCUCAUAUUGGGGUCAUUUUCUUCGGUUUGUUCGCAGCUGGCUUUACGGUCAUGUUGCAUUAUGUCGGAGUAGAUAUGACAUGGAUGGGUUAUUUCUACUCUAUGAUUAUUUGUCCAGGUGUCAUACCAUUGGUAUUGACUAUUCUCUGGGAUAGACAAACACCACUUGCAGCCAUAAUUUCCCCUGUGAUCGGAUUCUUGGCAGGCAUUGCAGUUUGGUUGGGAACUGCCUACAAAUUUUAUGGCGAGGUCACAAUUACCAGUACAGGCUCACAACUACCCUGUAUGUAUGGUGGACUUACUGCGUUAUUCUUGCCAGGUGUUUUAACCGUUCCAAUUAGUUUACUUGAUAAAAAUUACAAAUUUGACUGGUCUGAUUUCAAGAAGGCUAAACUCAUUGUCGAGGAAGAAGAAGAAGAAGAAGAUUCAUUUGAUGAUAAUAAUAGAUUCAAAGAAGCUACUCCAUCAAUUGAAGAAAAGAGUAGUAAAAGUAUUAAGCCUAGCGUUGAACUGGAAACAAAAACCGAAAAUGCAGUUGAAAUAUUGAAAGAAGAUUCUGCUUUCUACGAGACUGAAGUGUCUUCAAACCCAGCGAAUACACCUUUCACCGCGGAAGAAGUGAGAAUUAUCAAUAUUUACACUAAAAUUGCUGCAGGUGCUUCAGUAUUCGUAUUAUUGAUAACAUGGGUGGUAUGGCCUCUACCAUUGUAUAGAGAUUACAUCUUUUCAAAAACUUUCUUUGCUGGAUGGACGGUUGUGUCUAUUAUCUGGGUUUAUUUGGCUCUCAUUUUUAUUGGCCUCUACCCAUUGUGGGACGGCAGACACUCACUCAUUAAAAUUUUCAAUGGUGUCAAGAACGAUAUAUUCAAAUCUAAAAAUUGA